AUGCUUAAAAUGUUAUUUGUGAUAGCAUUGUUUGCAGUAGCUAAAGUAUCUCUAUGUGAAAUUACUUGUAAAGCUCCAAAUGGUACCGAAUCGAAUUUUGUUUGGACAACUUGCUCAGAUGGACCUAUAAUAUAUCAUAAUAUAACGCUCAUGGAUGAAAAUUAUAAUGAAAGAUAUCCAAUCAUUGCAAUAAAACCAUUUAUUAUAUUAGCUAAUAUAACAAAUACCGGUGAACAAUAUGAUAAUUUGGAAUCAUCUAUCAAACUAUACAAAUGGGGAGGAUGGCUUGGCUGCGGAUGGCAUCGAAUUCCAACUUUUGGGAUACUUGAUAAUUUGGUGCAAUGCAAUAAAAGCAUUCGAUGUCCAAUAAAACCUGGGAAGCAAGAAUUACCAGUAACGCUUGACUUGAGUGAAUUUCGAUUCUUUAUCAAAGUACUUCCGGAUAAUAUACCAUACAGGAUGCAAAUUGAGAUUGGUAAUCAAGAAAAGAAAUUAUAUUCAUGUAUUGAUCUUUGGUCUAUAAUAAGAUCCCGUAGUGAUCCUCAUUGA